AUGGCCAAUCUUGAACAAAACAUCCGCAAGGCGCUAGAAACCCUCCUACCCCGAAUCCAAAAGCAACAUGCAGAAUCCCCAGACACACCCAUCAUCCUCGGCAUAGCCGGUCUCCAGGGCUCAGGAAAAUCAACAUGGGCAUCUACACUCGUAAAACUCCUAUCCGAAGACCACGGACUAUACAGUAUCACCGUCUCCCUCGACGACUUCUACAAGACCCACACCGAGCUCCUCGAGCGGCGAAACCAAGAUCCAGCCAACAAACUCUACCGUACGCGGGGCCAACCCGGGACCCACGAUGAAGCCCUCGCCCAAUCCUUCUUCCAGGAACUAAAAAACUGGAGCGCAACAGACGGCAACAAACACCUCGCCAUCCCCUCCUUUGACAAAAGCCGCUUCAACGGCGAAGGCGACCGCGCCCCAGAACACUCCUGGCCACGCAUCACCCGCAAGCCCGCCGUCGUCAUCUUCGAAGGCUGGUGCCUCGGUUUCACACCCGUAUCUCUCUCUUUUAUCCAACAAAAACACGCACUCGCCCUCCAAGGUAAACUCGCCGUCAAUACCCCCGCCCAACAUCAAGUCUCCCAUUUAUUAGAGGUAAACGAGUGUCUGAAACGGUACUGCGAUACUUUUAUGGGACCAAGCCAUUUUGACUACUUUGUUCAUAUUGAUACCGAGGAUUUGGGGAAUGUGUAUAAGUGGAGAUUGGAGCAGGAGCAUAGGUUGAUUGAGGAGAGGGGCGAGGGGAUGGAGGAUCAGAGGGUUAGGGAGUUUAUUGAUGGGUAUAUGCCUAGUUAUGAGAUUUAUCUGGAACAGUUGCGGAAGGGGUUGUUUGAGGAGAGGGGGAGGAUGGUGAGGGUUGUGUUGGAUGAGGGGAGGGGGGUUGAGAGGGUUGAGGUGUUGUAA